AUGUUUGAAUGCCGAAUUAGAAAAAACAAGUUUCCAAGGGACGGCGAAAUAGUCAUUGGGAAGAUUGCCUCUGUGAAGAACGACGUGGUUGCGGUGGAGCUUCUGGAAUAUGGCAACAUUUCCGGACUAAUACUGGCCAGCGAGCUAUCAAGGAAAAGAUUCAAAACUGUAGCACAGGUAGCCAAAGUUGGAAACGUGGAGGUCUGCCAGGUGCUAACGGUGGAAGAGGACAAGGGGUUUGUGGAUCUGAGCCUGAAGCGCGUGAGCGACAAGGAAAAGCAAGAGUGCAGAGACAGCUUCUCCAGGGCCAAGCUUGCCUACCAGAUUGUUGCAAAGGCGAGCAAGCUGUCUGGCCAGUCCAUCAAAGACGUGUACGAGACAUGGGCAUAUGGAAAAGAAGACGAAUAUGGAUCGCUCUUCUCCUAUUUUGUGCAUGCAAAAAGUAACAUUGGGAUUUUAGAUUCAGAGCCGAAUGGCGAGUGCUUCAAGAGAAUUAUCGAAGAGCAGUUCAUGGCAUCGUCUUUCAAAGUUAGAGCCGAUGUUGAUGUGACCUGUGCACGGGAGCGGGGUGCUGGGAAUCAAGGAGGCAUUUAA